GCAGGAGGUGCGCUUCCUAUCCCCAUCGCCACCCAUGGCGACUCCCGCCGCUUCCCCUCUCCUGCUGCCGCUCCCCCUCCCCCUCCCGGCCUCCACCUUCCCGCCUCGCCGCGCCGUUCCCUGCGCCCGCCGCCUCGUCUUGCGGCCUCCCCGCGCCGGACGCCCUCGCCUCCGGGACCCGCCUCCCGCGGCACCCCCACCGGCGGCGGAGGAGGUCGGCGAGGAGGAAGAGGACGACGAUGCCCCCCCGCUCAGGCUCCUCGAACCGCCCCAGGAGGACGACCCCUUCCCGCCCGAGAUGGAGCCGGCCGACCCCGACUUCUACCGGAUAGGGUACGCGCGGAUGAUGCGGGCGUACGGGGUUGAGUUCUUGGAAGGCCCCGAUGGGAUGGCCGUCUAUGCCUCCCGGGACGUCGACCCACUCCGCAGAGCUAGAGUGAUUAUGGAGAUUCCAUUGGAGCUGAUGCUGACUAUAACUCAAAAACGCCCUUGGAUGUUUUUCCCCGACAUUAUUCCACUAGGCCAUCCCAUAUUUGACAUCAUUGAAUCAACAGAUCCUGAGACAGAUUGGGAUCUAAGGUUAGCUUGCCUUCUUCUCUAUGCAUUUGAUGUAGAAGACAACUUUUGGCAGCUAUAUGGUGAUUUUUUGCCUAGUGUUGAUGAAUGCACUAGCUUGCUUUUGGCACCAAAGGACGAUCUAAUGGAACUAGAAGACCAAGAUCUUGCCACGAAAAUGUUAAAGAACCAGAAGAGAGCAAUUGAUUUUUGGCAAAAACAUUGGCAUAAAACAAUCCCUCUAAAGCUAAAGCGUCUUGCCCCUGACCAUGAAAGAUUUCUAUGGGCACUGAGUAUUGUUCAGUCUCGCUCUGUCAAUUUGAAACUGAGAAUGGGAGCCUUCCUCCAAGAUGCAAAUGUCCUAGUGCCGUAUGCUGAUAUGCUGAAUCAUUCACCUGAUGCUAAUUGUUUCCUGCAUUGGCGUUUCAAAGAUCGUAUGGUUGAAGUCAUGAUUAAGGCUGGGCAUGCUGUCAAAAAAGGAGAUGAGAUGACAAUUGAUUAUAUGAGUGGAGUGAACAGCUCAUUUAUGGAAAGAUAUGGUUUCUCAUCACCAACGAAUCCUUGGGAGCUUAUAAACUUCUCGAGUGAUGCCAAGAUUCAUCUUGACUCCUUCCUGUCGGUCUUCAACAUUGCUGGCUUGCAUGAUGAGCUCUACCACAAUGCUGCAUUGACCUCAGGAGAAAACAACUUUGUUGAUGGAGGAGUCGUGGCAGCAGCAAGAACUCUGCCGACAUGGUCAGAAGGUGAUGUUCCUGCCAUACCAAGCUUGGAAAGAAAAUCUGCUCAGGCAUUACAAGAGGAAUGCCAUACGAUGCUGGAGUCCUUUUCAACCACUAUUCAACAAGACCAGGAGAUUCUAGAUUCUGAUGGACAUAUCAGAAGAACACGUGAAAUCGCAAUCAAAUAUCGGCUACACCGGAAGCUGCUCCUGCAGAAAAUCAUCGAUGCAUUGGAUAUCUACCAGGAUAAAAUUUUGUUUUAGAUAGCUGUAUAGGCAACAACUAGUUGAGCUCCAGUGCUAGUUUGCUAAGCGCUGGAGUGUCUUUAGAUGAUUUUGUGAAGGGGGUUUCACUCACAUCUGUAACAGUAGGGAUUUCACCUCAUUCUUUUAGAUAUUUCCACUUUGGUAGAUAGCAGUAUAGUGAAAUAAAGACAGUGCCCAUGAGGUAGUGUAGUUUCCAGCCAGUGACCUGCAGAAAAUCAAGUAAUCCCUCUGUUUCGAACUACUUGUGUUCUAGUUUUGUCCUAAGGUAAACAUUUUAAUAUUUGACUAUCAAUUUCUAUAAACUCAUAUAGUCAAAGAUAUGUUUGACUUAGGAUAAACCUGUAACGGCAAGUAAUUUGAGACGGAAAGAGUAUGAACCGAAACAAACGAGUUUUGAAA